AACGGACCCUGCUCAUUCCAUUCUUCCAUUUUCUCUUCACUCUCUCGCUGGAAGUCAACUGAAGGCAGAGUAGAGUGUUGAAUUUGUGAGCCUUCGGAAUCCGCGCUGAGUCCAUGGCUGACUCGGACAACGACUCGGGAGGAGCGCAGAACGCGGGGAACAGCGGCUUCAGUGAGUUAUCGCCUCGGGAACAGGACCGCUUCCUUCCAAUCGCCAACGUAAGCAGGAUCAUGAAAAAGGCUCUGCCGGCGAACGCCAAGAUCUCCAAGGACGCCAAAGAGACCGUGCAGGAAUGCGUGUCGGAGUUCAUAAGUUUCAUAACCGGCGAAGCUUCCGACAAGUGCCAGCGCGAGAAGCGCAAGACAAUCAACGGCGAUGACCUUCUGUGGGCCAUGACCACCUUAGGAUUCGAGGACUACGUGGAGCCUCUCAAAAUUUACCUCCAGCGCUUCCGCGAGAUCGAGGGAGAGAAGACCGUCGCCGCACGCGACAAGGACGCCGCCGCCUCCUCCUCCGUGAGCGGCUACGACUACUCCCCGUCCUCCGCCGCCGCCAUGAUGCAUCAUCCGGGACACGUCUACGGGUCCCCCGCGUUCCAUCAAGUGAGUGCCGCUCCCGUUAUGGGUAAGCCUGGACCUGGGCCUGGGCCUGGGCCCAAUUAUCCUGCCCCUGGUAGACCCAGAUAAUAGAUACACACAUAAAUCUACGUGGUCCUCCAUUUGCCACUCCUUUUUCUUAUUUCUAUAUUAAUUUUGAAAUCAUAAAACGGCAUAUGCAUGACUCAUCAUCAUAACAAAGACUAAUGCUUCAUUAAUUAAUUAUUUAAUUAAACUGUGAAGUGAAGAAAAUUGAAGGAAUUUUUGAUUUGGGUUGUGCACGCACUCUGUAAAGUUAAGACAGUGACGAGUGGGUGGGUUAGUGAUGUUACUGUUACUGUUUCUAUCACCUAUAGUGCUUCUUAAAUAUUUUCUUA